UUCCCUUCCUGUCUCUUCUCCCUCACUGCUGCAAUGUGAGCAGACAGAAUGGGGCAGGUCGCUUGGAAAGGGCUGUUUAUGUCACUCUUUGAUUAUAAGACUGAAAAAUAUGUCAUUGCCAAGAACAAAAAGGUGGGGAUUUUAUUCCGUGUUGUUCAGAUGUCCAUUCUGGCUUAUCUAGUGGGGUGGGUGUUUGUGAUUAAAAAAGGUUAUCAAGACACCGACACAUCCAUACAGAGUUCUGUCAUUACCAAGUUAAAGGGAGUUGCCUUCACCAACACUACAGAACUGGGGCCAAGACUCUGGGAUGUGGUGGAUUAUGUCAUACCGCCACAGGGUGAAAAUGUUUUUUUCGUGGUAACAAACCUGAUUGUCACCCCGAAUCAGAGGCAAGGUAAAUGCAGUGAGAUUGCUGGAAUCCCUGAUGCAGUGUGUACAAAGAACAGUGACUGCCCGGAGGGUGAACCAGUCAGUGCCGGCCAUGGGGUGAAGACUGGCCGAUGCCUGAAUGGAGGAGAAAACACAAAGGGGUCCUGUGAAAUAUUUGCAUGGUGUCCCCUGGAGAAGAAGCAGAGGUUGACAUACAGGGCGCCACUUCUAGGAAAAGCCGAGAACUUCACAGUCUACAUUAAAAAUUCCAUCCGAUUUCCCAAGUUUAAUUUUUCAAAAACAAAUAUUCGUGAUGCACAGGAUGACUCCUUCCUGAAGACCUGUCGCUACACUAAAGAGGACCAUUACUGCCCCAUCUUCCACCUAGGGAAAAUUGUCUCUUGGUCUGGAAAUGAUUUUCAGGAUAUGGCAUUGGAGGGUGGCGUUAUUGGUAUUCAGAUAGAAUGGGACUGUAACUUGGACAAGGAAGCUUCUGAAUGUCAUCCUCGCUACUCCUUCACCCGGCUGGAUAAUAAAUUUACAGGGAAAUCUGUCUCCUCCGGCUACAAUUUCAGAUACGCCAAGUAUUAUCGUGAUGUUAAUGAGACAGACUACAGGACGCUGAUAAAAGCAUACGGCAUUCGUUUUGACAUCAUGGUGAAUGGAAAGGCUGGAAAGUUUAACAUCAUCCCAACAAUCAUCAAUAUAGGCUCUGGCCUGGCUCUAAUGGGUGCGGGAGCUUUCUUCUGUGACUUGGUCUUGCUAUAUUUCAUCAAAAGGAGUCCCUUCUACAGGGACAAGAAAUUUGAAGAAGUGAAAUCAGUCAAGAAAACCCUACAGAUAAAUGGACAAAAGAAAUCAAAAAGCCAUGAUGACAUCAAUCAAUUGAAACAGCUGCAGAGCGUGGAGGCGUAAAACCCUGGAUGGGUCAGAAGAUCCAGAUGAAGUGCCUGUUAGGAAGUAUGAUGACUGGACACUGAACUCUGCUCCAUUGCUGGGUAUUUCAUUAACUGUUUCAUCCAUAGCUUUCUACAGCGGCCGUACUGUGUCAAGAUUUGCUGCACAUCAAACAGCGACACCAGUUUAUUUAUGGAGAUAGUAGAGUCCCAUUCAUUCAAUGCAACAGUCUGGCAGCACUCCACAGGCACGGUAAUGCAUUUGAUAAAUCCACUGCAAGCACUUCAGGAACUCAACCACCUUGCUGGUUUGUCACUAGAGAGCAGUGUGGUUUUCUAAGCUUUGCACCAAACCAUAUUUUGUAUGAGUGAUCAGAAUCAUGUUCUUCAACCAUGGAUUGGACGUU